AAGAAAUGCUUCUUCAAUGAACAUAACGGGAUGAACUAAAGAUAAUGGACGAAAUUGGAAGCCAUAUGUUGCCCAAGGUGGCCGUAGUCGCUCGUUUCGCUUGGGCUACACGGACUCUCAAGCUGUAGAAGAAGUGUCUUUCGCCUCACAAGAGCCACAAUUAUUCAACAAAAGAAUGCCAUUGCGAGGAGAAUCCAUAAACCCUCCUGUUGACACGCCACAAAUCUCUACCUCAUCCUUUAGCCUUUAUACGCCAGGCAGCGACUCGAAUCUGUUCGACCAGAGCUUCUCUGUCUCACCAGAGGAGUCGCAUCCGGCAAGUAACCAUUUUAAUGGAGAACAACUCAGAUUACUCCAAGAUAGACCCCAGUUUCUGCCCAGCUAUGCGUGGACCGCGGAGAGCAGGAACUUUGCCACUACCUUCUCUAGUACCACAAUGGAGGAAGAGUUGACGUGGAACUCGGGAAGAGAGUCCAGUUCGGCCAGUACACCCAUUCCACCAUUCGAGAACUUCAGCACACUACCGCAGACACAACUUCCCAUUGCAAACAAUACCAAUGGCGCAAGAGGGCAGAGUCAAGUCUUGGAUACUGCAAGGACGCGAACGUCCACACGCACUCGCGAACCAAACAUCCCACUGCCCUCGAGCUCAGAACGAAGACACACUUCGCCGAAGCUACGCACUGCCCAAAGUUCGCGGUCGCCACCGACCUCUCCUAACAUCUUCCAUCCGAAAGCAAAUUUGAAGAGGGCACACAAUAUGGUAGAAAAGCAAUAUCGCAGCCGGCUCAACUCCCAUUUCGUCAGCCUGCUGGCGAAAAUACCACUUGAGUUGGCAGCAGCAUCAGGUCUUGAGACGGGAGGAAAGAAUGCCAGCAAAGCCGAAACACUGGCAUUGGCAGAGAGAUACAUUGGGAUAUUGCAAGAGGAGGGAAUGGAGCUGGUAAAGAAGAACAAGAGGUUGGAGGAGGACUACGACAGGUUGAGGAAGGCUUGGAUAAGUUCAGGAGGUGUUCUGAUGCCUUGAUCAAGAACUAAUAAGAGACUGCUUUCUGCAACAGGACACCCGUCCUACGGUCGGGGUUCUUAUUUAUUGUACGCCUUGUGGGGUAGUUCUAUGAGCUUGCAUCAGUGGAGUUCUCGGUUCUACA